AUGAUUCUCGGUGGAUUUCCGAUCACUUUCGGGAACGGUCGAGUGGAACGAGAACGAAAACCGAAAUGUGCCAGAUGUCGAAAUCAUGGUAUUGUAUCAUGGUUAAAAGGACACAAACGUCACUGUAAAUACAAGGAAUGUGCAUGCGAGAAGUGCAACUUGAUAGCAGAACGUCAACGAGUUAUGGCUGCGCAGGUAGCGUUGAAACGAAAACAAGCGACAGAGGAUGCGAUCGCACUUGGUCUACGAGUAGUGGCUGGUCAGGUGAUGGAACGCUUACCGCAAGGUCCCGUAUGGAAUGCUAGCACACUAGGAGAGGAUCAGUGCAUGGAUGACCGUACGAUUGAACUUCUUACGUUACUGUUUGAAGAUCAAGAGAAGCGAGUUCUUGAAUUAGUUCUGGAGGGAUGUAAUGGAGAUGUUUUGCUGGCCAUUCAACAUUUCGCUUGUCUUCGUAAAGUAAAGAAAUACUCAACUUUUCAGAAUUGUGCAAUACAACCAGGAUCAUUGUUAAGUGUUUCGACUGAGAUGGACCAAAGAGGAUCAUUUUCGAUGGAAUCUUUGCUACAGAAACCUCUAUUCCCGAGCCACUCGUGGACUCCCUUCUUUCCGUUUUUGUCCGCGAUGGAUUUGAGACGAUCCGUCGGCGGUGUUCCUUCUUCCGAGGAUCGCUACACAAAUUCCCAACACAAAUGCGAUAUUUAUAAUAAAGGUUGA